AUGAGAUUCGGACCAGCGCUCGCCGCGUCUCUCCUCCUGGGGGGCGUAUCGGCCAGCGCCAUCCGCCCAGCUGCUCGCAACGACAUCGACCCCACAUUGCGAGAAAUCAUGCGGGCUGCCGAUGUCAACAUACCCAUACCGAUACACACACGCAGCAACUACUACAACACCAAGAGCACGUCCAACGCAGGGGGGUACUCGCGACCCGGCAGCGGGCCGCAGCCGACCUUCCUGGGCGGCGCCUACUACGGCGGAGGCGCCAAGGUGCCAUACACGGCCGGCAAGGCGACGCCGAGCGGCGUGCAGCCCCGCGGUCCCGUGUCCCCUGCCGGCAUGACCUACUGGCCCGGUCUCUGGCUGACCCCGGUCUUCGUCUACGGGCCCUAUGGCUACCACUACGGGUACCACAACCGGACCUCGAACCGCGACGAGGACCGCCAGAUCGAGUGCUCGUGCGCCCAGUACAGCGUGUGCAUGUGCGACGAGAUCGACGACGACGAGUUCUGGGACGAGCUCGUCGGCGACGGUGACUACUCCAAGCUCAACAAGACGCUCGUCAACGUCACCAAGCGCGACGGAAAGGACAUCAUCGUCGUAAACGGCACUCUGCCCAACGGUACCACCCUCAAGUCCGACGACGAGGACGACUACGAGGAGUACCUCACCAAUGCGGCUGCCAGACUGGCCUCGGCCAUUGGCGUGUGGCCUGCCGCUGCUUUGGCUGUCGGUGCCAUUGUGCUCUUUUAA